CCGAGAGGAAAAGGACGGGAAGGUGCCGAUUGGGCGAGCGCGACGGCGGCGGCGGCGGCGGAGCCUCCCCCGCGGCUGCCAGGCCUUGCGCCUCGCCUUUCCGGGCUCCGGCUCUUGGGGAAGGGAUGCGGUGGGGCGCUGCACCCGGCUCCCCGCGGGGACAGCAUGACCCGGCGCGACCGCCUCAUGAAGGGAAGACCCCAGAGGCAGCCUGAAGCCGGCGCCGACGCCCGGCCGGGUUAUAUUCUCACCCGACCAACCCUGGUCCUCAUGCUGGAAAGGGGGGAAGAGCCCUGUGUGAGCAAUAGCAAGAACGGCGUAGUGAGCAACCCGCUGAAUAGCAGUGUUGCAGAUUCCCAAGCCUUGAAGGAGAACACCAAGUCACCUUCGCCUUCGCCUCUGUCUUCCCCACCCGCCACGGAGUCUCCCAAGCCACCGCGUCCCCGCCGGCGGCGGCCUCCUGCUGUCCUGCCCUCCGAUCGUCCCUAUCAAUGCAAAGACUGUGGCAAGCGCUUCGUGUACCGCUCCAAACUGGCCACCCACCAAUGGACCCACUGCGCCGAGCGCCCCUAUAAAUGCCCCGACUGCCCCAAGAGUUUUAGUUACCCAUCCAAGUUGGCCGCCCACCGACGUACGCACACCGGGGAGCGCCCCUUCCCUUGCUCUCUAUGCCCCAAGCGCUUUGGACAUCGCUCCAAGCUGGCCGCCCACCAGUGGAUUCACACGCCGGAGCGCCCGUAUAAAUGUGCCGAUUGCCCCAAGAGCUUCUGCUACCCUUCCAAGCUGGCCGCCCACCGCCGCACGCACACGGGGCAGCGGCCGUACCCCUGCAGCCGCUGCGGGAAGAGCUUCUGCUACCCUUCCAAACUGGCUGCCCAUCAGCAGAUCCAUGCGGCCACCGCAGCGGGGAGGCCUUACCCGUGCAUGCGCUGCAGCAAGAGUUUCCGGCAGCUGCGCAACCUCACCCUUCACCAACGGGUGCACGAGGACGGAGAAGCAGGUGACGACUUAGCCCAGGACAAGAGCCACAGCAGUGGGGACAGAGCCUGAGUUGGAACCGCUGGGGCUCUGCAAGGGAGAAACUUGGAUAAUUUGAAAACUUGGUAGCUGUGGAAAUCGUUGUAAAUAAUGGAAAGUUAUGGUGGAGGUCAGGGUGGCACCGUAACCUCCAGCAACCCAUAACUUCUCUGUUCUCAGCUUUGAUGGCAAAAGGCCAAAUGACAGGCUCCCCUCUCCAGAGGCCAACCUGCACGCACCGUGCUGAAAACUCUUCUGGUAACCUUGUUUCUGCAGUGACCAGUGGCCUAUUCUACAACCUGGUUUAAGUUAUGCAGACUUCUGCACCUUCACAAUUUGUUUUAACCUUCUGGUUCUCACAAAAACACAAUCCCGGUUACUCCAUAGACCAUGUCAGUUCCGUGCCAAGAAAACAAAAACCACCAUUGAGAUUUUCCCACUAAUCGCAUUUAGAGAAGUGAAUGCCUGCACCAAACCUCACUUGUCAGCAGAGCAAAACCUGUUGUGUGCUUUGCACAAAAGGAGAAACCUCUUGUCUGUGGCUGUGUGUAGUUUUGUUUUAUGCUCAACUGGUGCAUGCUUCUGUCAGAAUGUGGAACUCAGCAUCCCUGUAAUCCAAGGCUCUAUAAACUUGUAUCUUCAAUGUGCAUUAUACAGGGGCUCUGUUGCACCUGUCGUGACCAGUCAACCUUUGGCCGUGGAAAUGGAAGGUUUAAUAUGCAUGAACUGAGCACAUCGUAUUGGACAUGAGCUGGGUCUGCUUUAAGAAGAAAUCUCUGGGUUUUUUUACGAAACAAAAGCUGAGUCUGACAACGUGGCAAUUGGUGAAAUCCACCAGUGGGAUCGCUUAAGACACAAAUUCCAGGCAAGAGUAGUAGGCAACAUUUAUGUUUUAAAGAGUUCUAGAAGCAGAAAAGUCAUUUGGCAAAUUUGCAUUACCGUCCAGGUUUGUUGUUUACACGUUGCAUCAAAAGAUGCCUCAGGCCAGGUUUAGUGUGGGUUGUGUAUUAAGGGUGAAGCAAGUGCAUCCAGUAGUAUGCGUAGAAGGCAGAUUUUACACAUGAAUUUCUCUGGCUAAAAGGGGCUGUAUAAUUUUAUUUUCACCAUGUAGUACACACAAUUUUAUAGCCUGCUAAUCCUUGUUUACUCCUGUGUGUUUGGUUUAGUUGUACCACAUGCCUAAAGACACCGACAGUUGCUAUUUUGCCCUCAUUAUUGAA